GCGCCUUGAUUUUGCUUGAUGCAGUGUCUCGGUCCAAGUUGCUGAUGUCACAGGUGCAAACUCAACUUGUAGUCAAACAAUCAAUUUUUGACGUACUGUGAUUGUGCAUUUUGCCAACAUGUUGGAUGCAGCCAUGGAUGCGAACUUUGCCUUGUCCAUCAUGUUGAUUGGAACAGUUGCGUUUAUUUUGACCUUGUUUUAUCUCCUGAACUCCAAUGAUAAGGAUGUGAAGCGUUUCUCUUGGGGCGUGCUGAGUGCGUCAAUUUGCACCUUUAUGGGUGUGCGUCUGGGAACUGCGUACAAUGCAAAUUGGAGCUACUAUGUUGCUGGUCCUGAUGCUUCCGAAGAGAGCCAGAUCAAGGCCUUUGGUAUGUUGGCCAUUGGUUGGUAUUUGGUCCUUCAAUUUUUGCUGGCAUACAUGUGUGGAUUGAUCACAGGCAACAAAUCAAGGGACUUCAAGUCAAUGGUGCUCAAUUUGAAAUGCUGGGCCGUGAUGCUAGGCGUUGUUACAGGCAGCUCAUCCAUGUCCUUCUUCAGCUUGAUCCAGGACUACUACAAGUCUAACCUGCUUAUAUUGUAUUUGAUGCCUUUGAUCACGUUCUUGAGCCUCCAUGCCAUUUACGCCGUGGGUGACAGCGUUCGCUAUCGUUUGGCAAUGCUAAAUGAUGGAAUGAUUGAUAUCUACGAGGAAGCCUUUGACAAGUUCAGUGAUGAGACAGAAAAUGUGGUUAUCGGUCUUGCCGUAUCCCACGUCAUCACUCAAACGGUGCGCUUCCACCUCACCGGAACCUUGCCAGCUCCGACUGGAGCCUCGAGACCUGGCACGGAAGUGGAGCGCAGCGACAUCAUUUCCUUGGCCAGCUCCAGCGUUCUGUACAUCAUCAUUUUUAUUGUUUUGGAGCAACUGAUGAAGGAAUCCUGCUUCAAGACCGGAAUCAAAAUGAUUAUGGCAAAUUGCGUCGCCUUUGCGUUGUUCUACAGCACCACUUGGUUCACUUCGGAGGUGGACCUCACCCAAGCUGGAGUGGCACCAAACCAAGUGUGGAAGACCGAAGAGUCAGACGUCCAUUUGCAUGGCAGGCGUGACGUGGGCAGGCUUUGCUACCAUGAUCUGCCUCGAUGCAUUGGCCGAUCUGGAUUGCACUGGGCCUGUCUUCGACCGAAAUCUGCGCUUAAUGGUGAUGCCUACUGCCACAUUGAUUGGCUUCGGUUGGAAGGGUGCGUUUGCAGCUGCGGGCGUCACCAUGGUGCAGAAGG